CAGAGUAGCCAAAACCGCUGCUAAACCCCAGAAGGUUGAGAAUUGAGAGAGACUAUGUUUCGGAGCCGAGUGAUCGCGUUGUUUGUGAAGAAGAAUAGCAAGGCUCUCUACAACGUGAGGGCAUCUAGGGUUUCCAAUGAGGAGGCUACCUACCGCCUAUUCUCUACUGGGCUCACAAGGAAAUGCUCCCCAUCUUUCUCCAAGUUUCAGGGUAGCUAUGCAUCAUCUAUAAGGAAUAUGUCCACUGUGGCUUCUGUAGGCAUCAAAGAUAAGGAGGGAUUGAAGUUUCUUGUAAACGGAGGACCUCGUGCUCAGAAAUUGAUUGGCAUUUGGCUUUUUGGCUCUGCUGCAUGGGUGUUUAGCAUGGUGAUACUUGGAGGUGCUACACGACUAACCCGAUCUGGUCUUUCAAUGACUGAUUGGAAAUUUACUGGGGGGCUUCCGCCUCUCUCCGAUGAAGACUGGUUGAUUGAGUUCGAGAAGUACAAGCAAUCCCCUGAAUAUAAGCGUGUAAAUAAAGGGAUGAGUAUUGAAGACUUCAAAUUUAUCUACUGGAUGGAAUAUGCACAUCGUAUGUGGGGAAGGGCAUUGGGUAUUAUGUUCGCUUUGCCAUUCUCAUAUUUUCUUCGUAAGGGGUACAUUACCUUACAACUUGGACUGAGACUUUCUACUCUUCUUGCCCUUGGUGCUGGGCAGGGUCUAAUUGGUUGGUGGAUGGUUAAAAGUGGUUUAGAGGAGCCAGCAUCUGAGUAUGCUCAGCCAAGAGUAAGCCCUUACCGAUUAGCAGCUCACCUUACUUCAGCCUUUGCUAUAUACUGUGGCCUUUUGUGGACUGGUCUUUCUGUUGUCAUGCCUGAACCACCUGCUGAAUCUGUAGCCUGGGUUCAUGGUGCUGCAAAAGUGAAGAGACUUGCUCUUCCUGUAAGCUUACUGGUUGGGCUUACUGCUAUCUCAGGAGCAUUUGUUGCCGGGAAUGAUGCUGGACAUGCUUAUAAUACUUUUCCCAAGAUGGGCGACAGAUGGAUCCCAGAGGAUGUUUUUGACAUGAAGCCACUAAUCCGGAACUUCUUUGAGAAUACAUCUACUGUGCAGCUUGACCACCGUAUCCUUGCAACUGCAACUUUAUUUUCAAUUGUCGCUUUGUGGUGGUCAACAAGGAAGUUUGACAUACACCCUGCAGUUCGAUCGUUGAUUGGAACUACUGUUGGCAUGGCUGGCCUUCAGGUCACACUGGGGAUAUCUACACUUCUGUCGUAUGUGCCUGUUGAGCUUGGCACUGCACAUCAAGCUGGGGCAUUGACUCUCUUCACACUUAUGAUCCUUCUCAAUCACAUUGUGAGGAAGCCAUCACCAUCCCUUCUUAAAUCUCUACCUCAAGUAGCAAAGACAAUAUAAAUGACAACAUUAUACAAUUUUCAAUUUUUGUAACAAGCACUACACAUUUUAAUUGUAAGAAAUAAAAUAUUUAAUUAUUAAUAAGUUCUUCUGUUAUAGAUAAA